CUGACUUGGGCAAGUUCCUGGAAAGUUCACACUUUUCUAAAAAGAGGAAUAGAACAGGAAGAAAUGGCAGCAGAAACUCAGACACUUAACUUUGGGCCUGAAUGGCUGCGAGCUUUGUCUAGUGGCGGGAGUGUGACAUCCCCUCCUCUGUCUCCGGCUUUGCCAAAGUAUAAACUAGCAGACUAUCGUUAUGGGAGAGAAGAAAUGUUGGCACUUUUUCUAAAGGAUAAUAAGAUACCUUCAGACCUUCUGGAUAAGGAGUUUCUGCCUAUUUUACAAGAGGAGCCCCUGCCACCAUUGGCACUUGUACCUUUUACAGAAGAAGAACAGAGAAAUUUCUCAAUGUCUGUAAACAGUGCCGCUGUCCUGAGGUUGACGGGACGAGGAGGAGGAACGGUGGUAGGGGCUCCUCGAGGUCGAAGUUCCUCUAGAGGUCGAGGCAGAGGCCGAGGAGAAAGCGGUUUCUACCAAAGAAGUUUUGAUGAAGUGGAGGGUGGAUUUGGGCGAGGAGGGGGCAGGGAAAUGCACAGAUCACAAAGUUGGGAGGAAAGGGGAGACAGACGCUUUGAAAAACCAGGGCGAAAAGAUCCAGUGAGACCAAACUUUGAGGAAGGUGGGACAGCAACAACAGGCAGGAAGCAUGAGUUUAUACGCUCUGAGAGCGAGAACUGGCGCAUCUUCAGGGAGGAACAAAAUGGGGAAGAUGAUGAUGGAGGCUGGCGACUGGCUGGGUCACGGAGGGAUAGUGAGAGGUGGCGCCCUCACAGUCCAGACGGCCCUCGUUCUGCAGGCUGGCGAGAGCACGUGGAGCGACGGCGGAGGUUUGAAUUUGAUUUCCGGGAACGAGAUGAUGAACGAGGUUAUCGACGAGUACGGUGUGGCAGUGGCAGUUUGGACGACGACAGGGACAGCCUCCCUGAGUGGUGCUUAGAAGAUGCAGAAGAAGAAAUGGGAACAUUUGACUCCUCUGGAGCCUUUCUCUCUUUAAAGAAGGUGCAGAAGGAGCCAAUCCCUGAGGAGCAGGAAAUGGACUUCCGGCCUGUGGAGGAAGGGGAAGAAAGGUCUGACUCUGAAGGGAGCCACAAUGAAGAAGCCAAAGAUCAUGAAAAGAUGACCAAGAAAGAGGGGGAGAAAACAGAGAGAGUAGUGGCUGAAACAGCAGAAGAAGCAGUCCGAACGUCUUCACCAGCUGCCAGGUCAGAUACCCCACCGAAAUCCCAGCCUCAGGACCCGCUGCAGACUAGCCUUUUUGAAAGGAAAGAAGAGUCUGUCCCAGAAAGAACAGAAAAAACAGAAGAUAAAGAGACUCGAGCAGAGACUACACCGUCAGCCAAAAUGUCAAACAGAGGGGAAGAUUUGGCUUCUGUUGCUCAACCUCUGCCACAGAUUUCUGCAGAUACAGCUUCUCCUGCUCAUCUUCCUCCUCCUGUUUCCAAUUCAAAUCCUGCUCUACGGCCAGUUCAGACACCUGUCACAGCUGCUCCAGGCAUGGGCAAUAUUCCCACUGAUCCAGAUGAUGAAGAAGGCCUCAAACACCUAGAACAGCAAGCAGAGAAAAUGGUGGCAUAUCUGCAGGACAGUGCCCUUGAUGAUGAAAGACUAGCAGCAAAAAUCCAAGAGCACAGAGCAAAGGGUUCCUCUAUGCCGUUGUUCCAUGAAGCAAUGCAGAAGUGGUACUACAAAGAUCCACAAGGAGAAAUUCAGGGUCCUUUCAGUAAUCAGGAGAUGGCAGAGUGGUUCCAGGCUGGCUAUUUCACUAUGUCACUGUUGGUUAAGAGAGCAUGCGAUGAGACUUUCCAGCCGCUGGGAGACAUCAUGAAAAUGUGGGGCAGAGUUCCCUUCACUCCAGGUCCAGCACCACUUCCACAUCUGGGCGAGCUGGACCAAGAGCGGCUGACUAGACAACAAGAGUUGGCCCUGAUCCAAAUGCAGCACCUCCAGUAUCAGCAUCUUUUGAUACAACAACAGUAUGCACAGGUGCUGGCUCAGCAGCAAAAAGCAGCCCUCUCAUCCCAGCAGCAGCAGCAGCUGGCUAUUCUCUUGCAACAGUUCCAGGCCCUGAAGAUAAGAAUAUCUGAACAGAACAUGAUGCCGCCUGUAACAAGGUCUGUGUCAGUGCCGGACACUGGCUCAAUUUGGGAACUUCAGUCAGCCUCACAACCUACAGUUUGGGAAGGAAGCAGUGUCUGGGAUCUCCCCAUUGAUACUGCAGCUCAGGGACCAGCUCUAGAACAACUUCAGCAGCUCGAGAAGGCCAAGGCUGCAAAGCUAGAGCAAGAGAGGAGAGAAGUGGAAAUGAGGGCCAAACGAGAGGAAGAAGAGAGGAAAAGGCAGGAGGAGCUUCGGAGGCAACAAGAAGAGCUACUUAGGAGGCAGCAGGAAGAUGAGAGGAAACGACGGGAAGAGGAAGAACUGGCCCGCAGGAAGCAAGAAGAAGCCCUGAGGAGGCAGAGAGAGCAGGAAAUUGCACUAAGACGGCAACGGGAGGAAGAGGAGCGGCAACAACAGGAAGAAGCACUUAGAAGGUUGGAAGAGAGGAGAAGAGAAGAGGAGGAAAGGCGGCAGCGAGAGGAAUUACUUCGUAAACAGGAAGAGGAGGCUGCCAAGUGGGCACGUGAAGAGGAAGAAGCUCAACGGCGACUUGAGGAAAGUCGGCUACGCAUGGAAGAAGAGGCAGCCAGGCAGCGGCUCGAAGAAGAAGAGCGAAAGCGCAAGGAGCUGGAACUCCAGCGCCAGAAAGAAAUAAUGAGACAGAGGCAGCAGCAGCAGGAGGCUUUACGACGACUGCAACAGCAGCAGCAACAGCAGCAACUUGCACAAAUGAAGCUCCCUUCGUCUUCAACAUGGGGUCAGCAAUCAAAUUCAGGAGCGUGUCAAUCCCAGGCAACACUGUCAUUGGCAGAAAUCCAGAAGUUAGAAGAGGGCUUCGAGAAGAAGGUGAAGCAACAGCAAAGACGUCAGCAGCGUGAACUGAUGAAAGCCCUCCAGCAACAGCAGCAGCAACAGCAGCAAAAACUGUCAGGCUGGGGUAAUGUCACCAAACCAACAGGCACCACUAAGUCGCUGCUGGAGAUACAGCAGGAAGAGGCAAGGCAGAUGCAGAAACAGCAGCAACAGCAGCACCAGCAGCCGAACAGAGUCAGAAAUACUACGCACUCUAACCUGCACACCAGCAUUGGGAAUUCAGUGUGGGGCUCCCUAAACACUAAUCCCAGCAACCAGUGGGCAUCUGACCUAGUCAGUAGCAUCUGGAGUAAUGCUGAUACCAAAAACUCAAACAUGGGUUUCUGGGAUGAUGCAGUGAAGGAAGUGGGACCUCGUAACUCGACCAAUAAAAACAAAAGCAAUGCCAGCCUCAGUAAAUCUGUAGGUAUUACAAGUAGACAAAACAAGAAGGUGGAAGAAGAGGAGAAGCUGUUGAAAUUGUUCCAGGGGGUUAAUAAAGCCCAGGAUGGAUUCACUCAGUGGUGUGAACAGAUGCUUCAUGCACUCAACACAGCCAAUAACUUAGAUGUUCCCACGUUUGUGUCCUUCCUAAAGGAAGUAGAGUCUCCCUAUGAGGUGCAUGAUUACAUCAGAGCCUAUCUUGGAGAUACUCCUGAGGCCAAGGAGUUUGCCAAGCAGUUUCUUGAGCGCCGUGCCAAACAGAAAGCCAGUCAGCAGCGGCAACAACAGCAGCAACAGGAUUCAGUGUGGGGGAUGAACCACAGUUCGCUACAUUCGGUCUUUCAGACCAAUCAGAGCAACAACCAGCAAUCCAAUUUUGAGGCUGUGCAGAGUGGGAAGAAAAAGAAGAAACAGAAGAUGGUUCGCGCAGAUCCCAGCUUGCUAGGGUUUUCAGUGAAUGCCUCAUCAGAGCGGCUCAAUAUGGGAGAAAUAGAGACUUUGGAAGACUACUGAGCAUGUGCAAAUCAACUGGCUUUUCCUGCAUCUGUUAACCAUGGAUUCUCCGUCUUGGACACAGUACUCUCCACCAUGCGUUCUUCUUGGCCUCGCAGUGAAUCACAGAAUCAAUCAUCUCAGGCUGCUUCCUCUAGCCCCGGCAACCCCUUUUCUGCCCAGGACUGCACAGGCGUUGUUCUUACCAUCAGCCUAUAGACGCGUGGACUUUGUUCCAAGUCCUGGGCGGGUGGGAGAUAGGAUUCGUUCACAACAAGGCUGAUUUGGGCAGCAAGCUUUCACUGUGCUGUGAUUUCUUCUGCUGACAUACCUGGAAAAAAUUCAAUUGGGAUUCUGCAAACAGUUGCUUCCCUCUUCUGGUUACUCUUACCAUAUCCAACAUGUGCAGUCACGGAGAGAGAGAGAGGGAGAGAGAGAGAGAGAGUUUGUGGUUAACAGAUGUUGGUCAAAACCAAAAUGCCACACAGAUACUGACUUCCGCGCUCCAUCAGGGCAAGAGGUGCUCUCCCAAGCCAGGAGUUGCAUUCAUAAGCUAACCUUAGAACUGGCAACAGCAGGAGAGGGGUGGUGGCGGGCGCAGUUUAGCUUGGGUUGGUUUGAAGUUGCACACCCCCCUGCCAGCCCUUCUCAGCACAUUAUUUUUGGAGGGAAAGCUCGAGUCUGUCUUCAUUAGGUGGUGAUGCUGAAGCUGGUAGAGGUCCCUAUCAGCAUACUCCAGCCUUCCUGGAGAAGUGGGGACUUCUACUCGGGGAAAAGGGGGGUGGCAUUUCUUCUCUUUCAGGUUGAAUUUAUCCCUUCAAUGCUACCUUCUGAGGGUUAGGACCAGUUUAUUUUGAGCUCUUCUUCCUGCAAAUUUGUCUCGUUUAAGAGACAGUAGGAUCUUUCCAUGUGGAUCUUUAGUCUUUGGUGAGGGUGAACACGGGCUUUCAGAUAUAUACCCGAGCAGUCUCAGCUAGUUGUCAUUUCAAACAACCGAGCUUAGGUUAAAGGGCAGAGGUGCCCUUUUUAAUGAAAAGAGACUGUGGAGGGCAGAGCAAUGUGCAAUGACAGCCCUGCUUAUCUUCGACACCUUAAAUUACUUCACACACCUUCACUUGGAUCCGUAAUGUUUAAGUAUUUAUGGAGUCAUAACUUUCCUCUCUCACCAAAAGAUUUAACACCGACCUCCCCUCUCCACCCACCCCCACACACCACAAAAUGAAAACUAAAACUGCCAAAUGCACUUACUUUCAACCCCCUGGUCCCAUCUCCCAUUCCCAGAGGGUUAUAACCUGCCAAGGGAGAUAAGCUACAGUUUUGGUGGAGGUGUAUGAAGGUGUCUUUCUCUGUCAUCACUGCCUAAGGAAAACAGUUCGAGUUGCUAAAGAGCAGUUUGGCUUUGGAUUUUAUUUCGUUUGGUUUAUUCGUUAUUUUUUUGGGGUCACCUUCCCCUCUUCCUCCUCCUCCUCCUCUCUCUUCCCCCUGCCCCCAAACAUGUACAGUAACUAUACAGAGACUGCUGCAGACUUGUAUAUAGUUUUUGGAUCCAAUAGCAUGGAGAGACUUGGAACUGUUGGAAAUCUGGUCUCCCUGUCUCCUUUGCUUUGUAAAUUCAUAAAAGGGGGAAGAAGGGUAGUUAAAAUGUUUACAAAACUUUAAACUCCCUCUGAACUUUUGCCAGUGUGGGGGGGGAAAAAGAGAGAACUUAAAUAAAACCUGGUUGUAUUAUAUCUGA